UUUGCUUUCUCUUAAAGGGAAGUCAACAGUAUUACAUGAAUAUUUCAGAUGUCAUCUGCUUUGACAUUUUGGUUUAAACCAUGAAAACAGGAAAAAAUCAAAGUGUGGGGACAGAUUUUCUACUUGUUGGUCUUUUCCAGUAUGGCCGGAUAAACUCCCUUCUCUUUGUCAUCAUUGCCACCCUCUUUACAGUGGCUCUGACGGGAAAUAUCAUGCUGAUCCACCUCAUCCGCCUGGACACCAGACUCCACACUCCAAUGUACUUUCUGCUGAGUCAGCUCUCCAUCAUUGACAUGAUGUACAUCUGUACCACGGUGCCCAAGAUGGCAGUCAACUUCCUCUCAAAGAGUAAGACCAUUACAUUUUUGGGCUGUGAGAUUCAAACAUAUGUAUUCUUGGUCCUUGGUGGAACCGAAGCCCUUCUCCUUGGUUUUAUGUCUUACGAUCGCUAUGUAGCUAUCUGUCAUCCUUUAUGUUAUCCUAUACUUAUGAGCAAGAAGAUCUGCUGCCUCAUGGUCGCAUGCGCGUGGGCCAGUAGUUCUGUCAGCGCUUUCAUGCAUACGUUGUAUGUGUUUCAACUUCCAUUCUGUAGGUCUCGGCUCAUUGACCACUUUUUCUGUGAAGUUCCAGCUCUGCUGUCAUUGGUGUGUCAGGACACCUCCCAGUAUGAGUAUACAAUUCUCCUGAGUGGAUUUACUAUUCUGCUGGCUACCAUUCUUGGCCAUUCUAGCUUCCUACGCUCGUGUGCUUAUUGUGGUAUUCCACAUGAGCUCAGGAAAAGGACAGGCAAAAGCUGUUUCCACUUGUUCCUCCCACCUGAGUGUGGCAAGCCUGUUCUAUGCAACUGCUCUCUUUACCUACACGAGGCCACACUCCUUGCAUUCCCCAUCACAGGGCAAGGCAGUGGCAGUAUUUUACACCAUUAUCACACCUCUACUGAACCCAUUCAUUUAUAGCCUGGGAAAUAAGGAAGUGAUGGGGGCAAUGAGGAGACUGUUGGGAUAAUGGAUAUGCUAUGCAAAAUAUGACUGUAGAACCCUAUAUCAAUUGAGGAUUAACAACAUAAAAAGCUGUUCCCGAAAACUAU